CGCCCCGCCGCCGCUCGCCGAGCGAUUUGUCCAGCUGCAGGGCGGGGAAGCUGCUGCGUUGCUGUACCCGGGCGGAGAGCGAGGCGGCGGGGAGCCUGGGAUGCCGCUGCUGAGCCGCUCCCUGCACAGCCUGACUCCGGAUCCGCCAGCCAGGUUCUGAUCGGUGCCGGAACAGAAGUUAAAGAGCCAACAGCUGCCCUCGGAGACGGGGCUGCAGAAUAAUUAGUCACCAUGACGACAGAGACGGGCCCAGACUCAGACGUGAAGAAUGCCCAGGAGGAGCCCCCGCAGCAGCAGCUGGAGGCAGCAGCAACCAGCCCAACCACGGUGACCACUGGCUCUGGCCCGACGGCCAACAACCGGGAAGCUGAGGCCAACGAGAAGCCCAGAGCUCAGGCUGACUCCAGAAGUGCGGAGCCGGGCAUGGAUUUGGAGGAGAAGGACUACAGCGAAACAGAUGGUCUGUCUGAGAAAACCACGCCCAGCAAGACCCAGAAAUCCCCCCAGAAAAUUGCCAAGAAGCUCAAGAGUGCCACCUGCAGGGUGAACCUGCUCGACGCCUCCGAGUAUGAGUGUGAAGUGGAGAAACAUGCCCGGGGCCAGGUGCUCUUCGACAUGGUGUGUGAGCACCUCAACCUUCUGGAGAAGGAUUACUUCGGCCUGACGUUUUGUGACUCCGACAGCCAGAAGAACUGGCUGGACCCUUCCAAGGAAAUCAAAAAGCAGAUCCGCAGUGGCCUCUGGAACUUUGCUUUCACGGUUAAAUUCUACCCACCCGACCCUGCCCAACUCACAGAGGACAUCACAAGAUACUACCUGUGUCUGCAGCUGCGGGCUGACAUCAUCACGGGCCGGCUGCCGUGCUCCUUCGUCACACAUGCCCUGCUGGGCUCCUACGCUGUACAGGCUGAGCUGGGAGACUACGAUGCUGAGGAGCAUGUCGGCAACUACGUCAGCGAGCUGCACUUCGCACCCAACCAGACCAGGGAACUGGAGGAGCGCAUCAUGGAGCUGCACAAGACCUACAGGGGCAUGACGCCGGGCGAAGCGGAGAUCCACUUCCUCGAGAAUGCCAAGAAGCUCUCAAUGUACGGAGUCGACCUGCACCAUGCCAAGGACUCAGAGGGCAUCGACAUCAUGCUGGGAGUCUGUGCCAAUGGCCUGCUGAUCUACAGGGACAGGCUGAGGAUAAACCGCUUUGCCUGGCCCAAGAUCCUCAAGAUUUCCUACAAGAGGAGCAACUUCUACAUUAAAAUCCGCCCCGGCGAGUACGAGCAGUUUGAGAGCACCAUUGGCUUCAAGCUGCCCAACCACCGCUCUGCCAAGAGGCUCUGGAAGGUCUGCAUUGAGCACCACACCUUCUUCAGGCUGGUGUCCCCAGAGCCUCCCCCAAAGGGCUUCCUGGUGAUGGGCUCUAAGUUCCGCUACAGUGGGCGGACGCAGGCCCAGACCCGCCAGGCCAGUGCCCUGAUUGACCGGCCUGCGCCCUUCUUCGAGCGCUCCUCCAGCAAACGGUACACCAUGUCUCGCAGCCUUGAUGGAGAGUUCUCGCGCCCGGCCUCCGUCAGCGAGAACCACGACGGAGGGGCGGAGCUCGAGAGGCGGGACGAGGACAGCGAGUACAGCGGGUGGCGACGCUCCGAGGCGGAGGAUGAGGUUGAGGAAGUGACGACCCCGACAAAAAUCAAGGAGCUGAAGCCGGAGCAGGAAACCACCCCCAGGCACAAGCAGGAGUUUUUAGACAAACCAGAAGACGUUUUGCUAAAGCACCAGGCCAGCAUCAAUGAGCUGAAGAGGACGUUGAAGGAGCCCAACAGCAAGCUGGUUCACAGGGACCGGGACAGGAGGCUGCCUUCAUCACCAGCCUCUUCCUCACCCAAGAAUGAAGAUGAGACGCCAAAGGGGACCCCGGAGAAGGCCAGUGAGAGGAUUGAAGAGGAUUCUGUAGAGGAGUUAUCAGCCGAGCAUGGAGCUGCCUUAUCCAUGGAGUCGUUCACCCAGAAAAGCCUUGCCUCUUCUCCUGAGGGUUCAGAGCAUUGGGUAUUUGUAGAGAGAGAAACUUCUAGGCUGGAAGAGCUUGCUCUAGAGAAAGCUAUUGGAACCAAGAAAGAAGACGUACCUACAGGUCCUUCAGAAGAGCAAAUAAGUGUGAGCUUAUCAAAAGUGGACAUUGCAGUAGGGAAAGCCAAAAAAGCAGUAGCACAAGAGGAACCAGCAAGUGUGAAACUGGAUACCCAUGCAAGAGACAAAAUGAUUGCUAGUCCAGAGGAUUUUGAGUCUGUGUGGGAGGAUGAAGUGUCUGAGAGCGAAAUCAGAGAAGACCCCCUUUUGGAGGCAGAAAGCCAGCCAUCUGAGAAUGGCAAAGAGCAAAAGUCCAAGGAGGGACAAGAAGAGGUGAUAACUAAUGAACUUGAGCAACCAGCUGGCUCUUUGGAAGGCCAAGCUGAGCAAAAUCAACAACCUGAAGAUUCCCAAGCAUAUGAAAGACCAAGGUCUGAGCCUUCUGGGCCAGAACCUCCAAAGAAAGAAAGGAAGGAUAUCGUGCAAGAGCCUGGGUCUGUCUCACCAGCUUCAGAUAAGGAAGAGUCCAUAAUACCUAGCCCAACCUCCGAGGGUGUUAAAGCUAACGUGGAGUCUAAUGAUGACGAGACAAUGUCUUCUGCUGCAGAGAGGAUCUUUUACUUAAGAGCUACAGAAGGAGACAAAAAGGAGAGUAAAAUCCAUCUCAGACUGGAAGAGGAAGAAAAGCCUUGUUCUGCUGAAAAAGAGGGCCUGGAGCCCAAAACAGACCUUUCCGAUGAAAAAAGGACGAGCCCUGAGCUUGAACCAGAAUCUGAUCCAACAGCUAUAAGGGGAAAGGACAAGUUCCAACCCACUUCCUCAGCAGGUGGCCAAGGAAAAUCAGAGCUGGAUGAAUCAGUUAUAGAAUCAGACCCAGCUGAGAAGGUUCUAGAGCUUAGCAAAAAGACACACCCCCUAGGACUUUGUACUGCAGAGAAGGGGGCAUAUGCACCAGAGGCAGAGGAGUCUGCUGGGUCAAUAGGCAGUGAAUCGAAAGGUGGAACUGAAUCUGAGUCACACUCUGCAGCAAAGGAAUCGAGGGACGAGGACCCACAAGAACCGAUGGCAGAAUUAAAGCUUGGUUCCCUCCCCAGGGAAGGUGGAGAGACUGAGCUCUCUCAAGAACAGGGCAAGAGAUACAGUGCAGCACAAAGCUCCAUCCUGGCAGAAGGCCUGAAAGGGUCAGAAAAACAGGACAUGUGGAAAGGGGAAGCAACUUCCAAUGUGUCAGAAACUGGAAGAGAAACAACUGAGCUGGGAGAAAGAGAAAUGUCAAAAAUGAUUCUUCAGAUGGAAGCCAUAGAGAUUAAACCAACCCCCAUUAGCCCCCCAUGGCAGCAUCCUCCCAGCACAACAGAAAGUCCAGAGGAAGAGAAACUAAGCCAGCCCACCGUGGGCAAGCCGCUCCAGGACACAGACCCCAAGGCGGGCGAGCCAUCCUGGGACACAAGCCCUGCUGAGGGUGAGCUGCCCCAGGACACAGGCCCCAAGGCUGGUGAGCCUCCUCGGGACACAGGCCCCAAGGCUGGUGAGCCUCCUCGGGACACAGGCCCCAAAGUGGGCGGACCACCCCGGGAUACAAGCCCCAAGGCGAGCCAGCCACCCCGGGACACAGGCACUGCUGAGGGUGAGCCGCCCCAGGACACAGGCACUGCUGAGGGUGAGCCACCCCAGGACGCAGGCCCCAAAGCGGGCGGACCACCCCAGGAUGCAGGCCCCAAGGCGAGCGAGCCAUCCCGGGACACAGGCCCUGCUGAAGGUGAUCCGCCCCAGGACACAAGCACUGCUGAGGGCGAGGCGCCGCAGGACACAGGCCUCAAGGCAGGCAAGCCACCCCAGGACACCGGGCCUGCCAAGGGCAAGCCACCCCGGGACACAGGCCCUGCUGAGGGUGAGCCGCCCUGGGACACAGGCCCCAAGGCCGGCGAGCUGUCCCAGGACACAGGCCCUGCCGAGGGUGAGCUGCCCCAGAGUACAGGCCCCAAGGCCAACGAGCCACCCCAGGACACUGGCCUUGCCGUGGGUGAGCAGCCCCAGGAUACAGGCCCCACCAUGAGUGAGCUGCCCCAGGACACUAGCCCCAGUGUGGGAGAGCCACUCAGGGACACAGGCUCCAAGGUCGGUGAGCCUCCCCAGGACAUAAGCUUCAAGGCAGAUGAGCUACCCCAGGACAAAAGCCCUGCCAAGGGCGAGCAACCGCAGGAUAAACCUCCUUCAGGAGAAGAAACUGAAGCCUUCCCUACAGGCUCUCCUGUAAAAGGAUCACCUCAUGGGGACAAGGAGUUGUCAUGGCCUGUUGUUGCCACAGCUGAAGGCGGGAAACCUACCAACAGGAAACAAAAGCCAGAGUCUGGGCCUUUGAAGUCAAUUGCAGGUGGGGUGAAAGUUGCAUCUCAGGAGCCUGAGGAGGCACCUGUGGAGCUGGCUUCACCCUCCCUCACCACUGGCUGGCAGGGCUCACAGAGACAUGACAGUGAGAUGUAUGAAAAAACCUCUGUGGCUUCUAAAAUUAAGCUGUUUGAACAAGGUGGCACUUGCGGCCCCGUCUCUGAUGAGCGAAAAAGAGCAGCCCAAGAGCAGCCCCGAGAGAGUGAAACCAAGAGACCAUCUAAACCAACAGAGGUACAGAUAGAGCCACCACGGGCCAUGGGCCUAGUCACGUCUCCCACACCCUCGAUCACUUCAGAUGACAGAGCCUGGCAUGCUGGGGAAGUGUCUGGUGUGGGAUGCCUAAUCACUGCGCAACGGGCAGCCACAGGACAGUCUUCCCAGCCUCCGUCUUUGAAGGAAGGUGUUUCCACCGAUUCAGAGCACAGAGGAGAAGGCACCAGGCUUGCUUCCCCUGAUUCCGGCUGUGAAAUCACCCUGACGGACGCUGUGAGCAAAUCUCAGGAACCAAUUUGGGAAGAAAAGGAUUUAUUUGACCCAUCAGUAAAAGCUGCCCCGAAAGAAGAAGGUUUAAGGACUGCUAUUCCAGUGGUCUCCCAGAGAGCGGGAGCGAGGGAGGGCGCAGAGGAGAAGGCGAAGCCACCUCGGCACAGGGCUCCUGAGAGCGACACUGGAGAUGAGGAGCAAGACCAGGAGAGGGAUUCAGUCUUUCUGAAGGACAACCAUCUGGCCAUCGAGCGAAAGUGCUCGAGCAUCACGGUCAGCUCAACCUCCAGCUUGGAAGCCGAGGUGGACUUCACUGUGAUCGGCGACUUCCACAGCACAGCCUUUGAAGACUUCUCCAGAAGUCUGCCUGAGCUCGAUAAAGACAUGAGUGAGAGGGAAGCUGAAGGUGCAAUUUCCUCCCAGGAUACUGACAAAGCAGCUCCUGGCCAAGAAGAAGAUGCCAAGGACGGGGAGCAGGGCUCCCACCAUAUCCCAGAAGUGUCUCACUUUGAGUCAUCCAUUCUGAAAAUAGAGGCUGUGACUGUCAGCUCGGUGACUGGCACAAAGAAAGUAGAACCAGAGGUCUCCGUGCACCACAGAGUCACCACGGCGGAAACACAGGUUGACAGAGGCACCCUGGGCGGAAAAGAGACAACAGCCAAGUCCCACAUCGUCACCACAGAAAGCAUAUCAGUGACCUCAGAUCCCAAGCCUGGGAAGGGAAUGAGCCCGGCUACCGAACUUCGCUCCAUGUCUCCAAUCACCAGCAGCUCUGCUGGGAAGGAAGUUCUCACCAGCAUAUUUGGUGCCACUGCCGAAACCCUCUCCACCUCCACCACUACCCACGUUACCAAGACUGUGAAAGGAGGGUUUGCAGAGACCAGAAUAGAGAAGCGGAUCAUUAUUACGGGAGAUGAAGAUGUGGAUCAAGACCAGGCAUUAGCUUUGGCAAUCAAAGAGGCAAAACUACAGCACCCUGACAUGCUGGUAACCAAAGCUGUGGUAUAUAGAGAAACAGAACCAUCUCCAGAGGAAAGGGACAAGAAACCUCAGGAAUCUUGACCGCCAUGUUCACAGAAGUUGGCAUCUCUGUUCAAACCCAACUUCGAGAACAAUGAAGAAGGGGCCUUCCUGAUGGAUUCCUCAACGAGACCUAGAUGUCCUGGCUGCAACGUUAAUGGCGAGAGACAAAAUUUUUUUAAAAAAGGAAUAGCAAAUAUAAUAUAUAUACACACACAGGAAACAAAAUGCAUCCUUGCACUGCUGCUAUACGCUGGAGGUGAAUUGCAAACAGCAACAUCAACAAUAACACACAAAACCAACCACCUACUUUAGCCUUUGCAGACAAAUUGAAGAAUUGACUGGAUUCAUCAGAAAAAAACAAACAAAAAAUCAUGAUAAUAACGAUAAUAUUAACAUACAAUAAACCGCCAUUUUGCAUGUUACAUUUAAAGGACACACAACUCAUGGGUUCAUUUGUUGCACACUGAAUGGAAAGGAAACGUGCUUUGCAACAAAGCAGCAAACAAAAAAACUCCAACAACCCACAAGCAGUUGCAAAACUGUUCGGCUCCUAAGGAAAGAAGAGAGAGAACCAUUGAAUUUGUUUGAUUACUUUGUAAUUAUUUUCUGCUUCAGGAUGUGUGGUGAUCAUCCCUCUUUCCCAUUCCAUGCUAGUUCUGUUACAUCAUUUUUUGGUUCUGUUCUUACACCCCCCCACUUGUCCUUCCUUCUCUUUCCUCUGUCCCCUUGUCCGGUCUCUUGUUCUGCUGAAGGUAAUAAGAACAGAUUUCAUUUAAAACAAAACAAAAACUAUAUGUAUAUGGUUUCUCAUUUAUAAAAAUGCAGUCUGUAGGGGUUUCAUAUGAAUGUGCUUUUAAGUUAUGUAUAUUAUAUAUAACUGGGAGUGUGGAGUGGGGGGUGGGAAACGAUAUUAAAAUAAUUAAACAGUGCUGGUAAGUUUGCUGAUGACAUUUUUAAAUUAUAAUUGUUUGGUUGACUGUGGUUGAUAUACUAUGAGAAUCUUAGCUCACACUGAUAUCCCACAAGAAGAGAACAGGGAACAUUUCAUUAGCCGCUGCUCUUUGAGGGGGGUGGGAUGGGACGUUUGCCACUGAGUUGAUGCACUGCAGCAGGAGGGGUUGGUGUAGUGACACAGUGUGUGGUGUUUGUAAUUGGUUGGUUGGUGAUAAGGGAGUGCUCAGCAACAUGAAGAGGUGGGGGACUGGGAAAGAAGGAGUGGACUGCAUCCGUUUACCAUUGCCAAAAGGUGCCAGACAGAAAUGUCUCCCCGUGCCCCCAAUCCAAAGAUGCUGAGGUUGUUUGGAGACUUGAGGUUAGACUGUUUGAUUCCCAUGCUUCCAGCCUCUAGGAGUCUUUGACUCCUCAGAUCUGGAGCCCUAGCAGCAGUAGAGGUAUCAUAUCACCAGGGUUGUGAGUUCAAUCCUUGAGGGGGCCACUUAGGGAUCUGGGGCAAAAUUUGGUCCUGCUAGUGAAGGCAGGGGACUGGACUCGACCUUUCGAGGUCCCUUCCAGUUCUAGGAGAUUGGUAUAUGUCCAAUUAUUACCUAUUACCUAUAUAUCACACUUGUCAGCAGGUUCUUGAAAACCAGGCACCUGGGCUGAAUUAGGGAUCCAAACAGUGAUCUCCCCUAACCCACUGGUCUAGACACUUGUUUUUAGCUUCAUUUCUGAACCUCAGCCCCAGCUUGAGAGCAAGUACCGCUCCACAGCAAGCUGUAUGAUUGCAUUGUGCCAGGGUGGCUGUGGGCCGUGCAACAGCUGCCCUGGCAGGAACAGGCGAAUGGCAGCUCCCCCAUCCCUUUCCUCCAUGGUACUGUCUACCGAUACUGUGGCUUGGGGUUGACUCCUGUCCAUCAACAGUUGAUGAGGAAGAUACCAUGUGACAAACAUGCAGGGAAUAGCAGAUUUACAGGGCUGGAUAGCAUUGCCCAGUCAUCCAGAACUUAGAGCGCUGAUGAGGCAGCGGGAGGCAGAGAGGCUGCUUUCCCCACAACUGGUCAGAACUUGGCACUUAGGUAAAGUUUUCCUCUGCUGCUGCCUAUGGAGUGGAGAUUUUGGGCCCAGUCUAGAACCUGAGGCACUGUGUGAGACAGGCAGUUAGGGCAUGGUUAGAACCAAAAAAAGAAAAGGAAAUGAACUGAUUUCCAAAUGGAAUUGUCACGAGCUCCUGAAGCUACAGAAGGGUCCACAAACAUUGCACUAUCUUUGUCUUUAUUUCCCCUCCCCACCCCACCCCCACCCCCAUCCCCCACUUAAUGCCUGGAGAGGAAGCACAUCUAACUAGUCCCCAUGAUGGGAUCUGGGAAUCCUACUGAAAAUGGACAACUUGAAUAUUUAGAAUCAGGUGGGCAUACCCCAUAUGAUCAAUUUCCUACCAUAGCAGGGACUCUUUGGUCUUUCCAGUUGGCUUCUACUGUGUUUCCAUGAAGUCUGUUCUCCUUUUGGCACAUAGGUUUCUCCUGUAAGCAUUAAAGGUUGAGCACUGGCUCCCUGACAAUAGCACUGAUUCACGUGCUAGUGCCAGAGAGGGUUAUUUCAGGCUUCUGAUGAACCCAAAUGUGUGGUGUUCUCCCUGGCUUCUACCUGAAAAUUCACAGCCACUCAUAACCUGCUGCUGCUUUAGGGACAACACCCACCAAAACCAAAAGGAGUGACAGCAAUUACACAGAGACUUUUUUUUUAAACACACCCAAGUCAGCUGUAAAAAACACAUGUGCUUUCAGGAAGAGAAGCCCAAGUCAGAGGACCUGUUUCCAAGAGCUAGCUGUGCAAGGCAUUAAUCCUGUCUGUUCUGCUAUCAGAGGGGGUACAUUAUCCCAUGCAUCACACUGGGUGUUUGAUGCAUUUUGAAUUUCAAACAAAAAAAAAGCUGGUGGAAACUUGAUGCCAUUGAAAUUGAAUUAGAGGCUACUUUGAAACUCCAGGAGCUUCAUUCUGAUCUCGCUCAUGCUAGUGUAAAAUCUGGAGUCACUCCAUUAAAAACAGUGGAGUUGCACUGCUGCAAAAUUGGUGGAAGUGAGAUUAGAAACAGAGCUUGCAUGUUCAGAGCUAAAAAACAGUGGACCUGUUUCUCUGGAUUCCUCACAGUGUGACAAAGGGUGGGUGGGGGUGGAAAUGAGUCUUUUGCUCACCUGGCAAGAUGUGGAUUUUAUAUAUAUAAUAAAUCCACACCCUGCCAGGUGAGCAAUAGACUCAAGCUUUUUCUUUAUAUAUUUUAAUAUAUCUGUGUUGUUUGUGAUGGUGUUGAAGCUGUGCAUCACUCUAAGGCCUUGGCUUCCUUCCACCUUCUUCAUCACUGUCGCUGACAUUUCAGAUUUUUUCUUUUUCUUUUUUUCUGGGGCCUUUCUGUUGAAGGGGGUGGGAGACACAAGUGCCUGUUUGUCCCUAAAUCUGCAAGUUCAUUUCAAAACUGGCCUGCAAUUGCAUGAGUGAUGAUGAUAAUAAACAGGAUUUUUAUUUGAAAAGCACCUUACCAACCAACUGCAAUGCACUGUCGUUCCUUCACUAACUCCCCGUCCCUCUUCCCCUGUUCCUCUUCUCCCCCUCGCCCCUUUCAAUCAUAUUUUUUUUCAGUGCUUGGUGGUGUAUGCGUGUGUGCUCACUGUUCUUGUAUUCAAUAAAAGUGAAAUAAAUGUGUUUGAUGCUCAA